AUGCUGAAUGAAGCGUCCGGUGGAGUUCCUCCAGCCGGGAAUCGAGCGGCAAAUGCCGGAGGCGGAGCGCCUUCAGCUCCAUUUGCCAUCAACAGCAGUAUCCCGUUUCCAGCGCCCUUGAAACUGGACGGAAACAUGAAAGAGAACUUCUGCGACGAGUUCGAAAUUUAUAUGAUUGCAUCGGGACUCGAAGUACGGGAAGAACGGGUAAAAAUAGCAACCUUCAAAGCAGCUCUAGGAAUGGAAGCGCGCAAAAUCUUCAAUCUAUGGCCGCUAACACCACAGGAAAGGGACACUGUACAGGCGUGUUUGGCUUCACUUGCGAAGUACAUGGUUCCGCAGAAGGACGUCAAACUAGCUCGCUACGAGUUCUUCCAGUGCCGUCAACAACCAGCUAGCGACGAAAAACCGGCAGAGAGUGUGAUGCAUUUCAUCAACAGGGCGCGCGAGCUGGUCAAGAACUGCAACUUCGGUAAUCUGGAGGAUGAAAUGCUCCGCGAUAGUAUCAUUACCGGUAUUUUGGAUACAAACUUGAAGAAGCGGUUCAUUGAGCAACAAAAUUUGACGUCGGCAAUGGUCAUCGCACAGUGCCAAACGGAGGAAGCUACACGGUCGGAGAUGGAACACCAUAACUGGCUGCAACCGGCAGCAGCGUCCGCGCACUCCAUCGACAGAUUGGAUAGCGGUAAGAAAACAAAAAAGUGCAACUUUUGCGGCAAAGGAUUCCACAGCAAACUAACGGAGUGUCCAGCUCGAGGAGCUGUUUGCAACUACUGCAAACAAAGGAACCAUUUUGCGGUAGUAUGUCGGAAGAGACAGGAAGAUCAACAGCAACAGCAUCGGAAGAAAACCUCCAGGAAUCAAGGCAGCGUUCGAAAAGUAGAGCUGGAAGAUCGGGACAUGGAUGAAGGGGUCAGGAGCGACGAGUCAUGCGAAUCGGUUCAGUAUCUCUACCCAGUCAAGCAUGAUGGGGAAUCCGUUCUACAAACCGGCAUCAAGUUUUACGAUGAAAACAAUCGUCCUGUUGUAGUGAAAUGCAUCCUGUACUCAGGGGCAUCGUGCAACCUAAAACUGGACAGCGAGCAAGCUGUGCUGAGAGCCUUUGGUGGAGGAUCCCUGAAGUCUUUGGAAAGGACUGUAAUACCCUGCGAGCAUCGCAACCAACGAUACAAAGUGGUAUUCCAUGUCGUCGAUUUCGAGCAACCCCCACUACUUUCCAAGGAAACGUGUUUGGCGCUACAGCUCAUCAAGUUGUGUUACUCCAUCAAAUCGGAACAAACAGGUUCAGCUGAGCACAUUAUCGAAAGGUAUCCAGAGGUAUUCCAUGGUCUUGGCAAGUUCUCCGGGACCCUUAGUUUGGAGGUGGAUGACAACAUUAAGCCAUCCGUUCAGCAUCCACGUAGAAUAGCGGUAACACUGCGGAAGGAUCUGGAGCGAACGCUAAAUGAAAUGGAGCAGCAAGGUGUGAUCGUAAAAGAAGAGGAUAACACCGAUUGGGUCAGCAAUCUCGUGCUGGUUAAGCGCAAUAAUAAAAUACGCGUUUGUCUUGAUCCGAUCAUUUUGAACAAGGCUCUCAAGCGACCACACUACCCGAUGCCAACGGCUAACGAGCUGUUGCACGAAUUGACAAAUGCAAAGGUUUUCUCUACCCUAGAUGCGAAGUGUGGAUACUGGCAAGUUUGUCUAGAUGAGCAAAGUUCCAAACUCACGACAUUCUGGACGCCUUUCGGACGCUAUCGAUGGCUGAGGAUGCCAUUCGGUACAUCACCUGCACCGGAAAUAUUUCAGAAGAAAUUGCACGAGGUUCUUCAUGGCUUGCGAGGAGUGCGAGCACUUGCGGACGACAUGCUCAUAUUUGGCUGCGGAGAUACCGUCGAAGAAGCAGUGUUGGACCAUAACCGUUGUCUGGAAGCGUUUCUGCAGCGUGUCAAGCAACAAAACAUCAAGCUGAAUAUCGACAAGGUUAAGUUGUGCCGUGAAAACGUGAAAUUCUUCGGUCAUGUACUGACGUCAGCUGGUGUGAAGGCGGAUCCGGACAAGAUCAGCAGUAUCCUUGCUAUGGAACGCCCAAAGGAUGUCACAGCAUUGCAGAGAUUCUUGGGUACCAUCACAUAUUUGUCCAACUACCUCCCAAGUCUAUCAACAGUGGCGGAACCGUUGCGUCGUCUGACGAAAAAGGAUGAACCGUGGUCGUGGAAUUGCGAACAGGAGAGUGCGUUCCUCCAACUGAAAGCGAUGGUGACGUCAGCGCCGGUCCUACGGUAUUUUGACUCCAAUAAGGACGUUGUCAUCCAGUGUGAUAGCAGCAGCGUUGGGCUGGGAGCAGUGUUGAUGCAGGACGGGCAUCCAAUCGUCUAUGCAUCGAAAACCCUUAGCAGCACGGAGCGAAAAUACGCCCAGAUUGAAAAUGAGACCCUUGCUAUCCUGUUCGCCUGCCGCAAGUUCGAGCUUUACAUCCUGGGAAGGCCAGUCACGGUGGAAACGGACCACCAACCAUUGCUGAGGAUCUUCAAAAAGCCACUGGUUGAAGCUCCCCUCCGAAUUCAGCGAAUGUUGUUAGCUCUACAACGAUACCAGAUAACACUUCGUUUCACGCCAGAUGACAGGCUAACGCAGAUUACAGCUGAAUCUCGCAACGAUCCAGAAAUUCAGUCAUACACUACAUCAUUGACGGAUGGCCGAGCAAAAAUGAUGUACCGGAGGCGAUGAAAGUGUACUGGCCGUACCGCGAUGAGUUUAGUACUCACAACGGAUUAGUGUACCGGAACGACCGAAUCUUGGUGCCAAGGAAGCUGAGGGGUCUAAUAUUGAAGAAACUGCACCAAUCCCACACGGGGAUCGAAGCAACGGUCAAACUAGCUCGCGAUACAGUUUUUUGGCCAGGCUUGAACGAUCAAAUCCGUCAAACGGUUCAGAACUGCGAUGUCUGUAUGAAGUUUUCAGCAAAUCAGCAACCGCAGCCGAUGCAGAGUCAUCAAAUACCAUGUUAUCCGUUUCAGAAGGUAAGCAUGGAUUUGUUCGAGGUCGAGUUAGAUGGGCGGAAGUCGUUUUACCUGAUAACUGUGGAUCACUUCUCGGAUUAUUUUGAGCUUGACGAGCUGAAAUCAAUGACUACAGGAGCUAUUAUCGGAGCGUGCAAAAGAAAUUUCGCUCGGUUUGGACGGCCUCAGAUCGUAACCACCGAUAACGGCGUGCAGUUUGUGAGCGAAGAAUUUCGAAAGUUUGCAGUCGAGUGGAGCUUCCAGCAAACAGUUUCUGCCCCGUAUCACCAGCAAGCGAACGGCAAGGCCGCAUCAGCUGUUAAAAUUGCCAAGUCACUACUCAGGAAGGCGUUUGAGUCAAAGUAGGACUUCUGGGAAGUAUUGUUACAGUGGAGGAAUACUCCCAACAAAGUGGGCAGCUCUCCUGUCCAACGCUUGAUGCAUCGACGAACCCGUUUUGGAAUUCCCUUGGCGGAGCAGAAGUACCAGCCCAAGAUUGAAGAAGAUGUAAAGGAGAAGCUACAACGCAACCGACAGGAGGCAAAAUAUCACUACGACCGUAAAGCUAAGGUAUUGCCGCCCGUUUUCGUAAAACUCACACCAACCGAGAAGGAAUGGACGCCUGCGACCGUAGUUGAUCCAGUUUCCGACCGUUCUACUGUUGUGGAUGUGAAUGGUCAUGAGUAUCGCCGGGACAACGUUAUGAUCAAGCCAGCACAGCAGAUUCCGAAACAAGAGACCACCGGAUGAGAUGCAGAGUUGCAGUCAUCAACAUCUGAACAACGUAGUUCUGCAAAAUCUCCAGGCAGAGAAGAACGUAUACGUCCACAGAGAACCACGAGGCUUCCACGCAGAUUUGACGACUACGAAACGUAUUGAUGAUAAGCAGUUUUAAUACGAAAAGGGAGAUGUUAGAGAAUGGACUACCUUCACAUCUACAUUCAAAAACUUUAUUUUGUAUUAACUUAAUUUACUAAUCUCACCAACCUUGUAUUCUUUGAAUAAAUAAAAACCAGUUCAGUUAUAACCACAAA